GCGGAAUAUCCGACGGGACAGGAACAAAAAGAUUGCACGAGGGAGCAUCGGUAAUAAUGAGUGGGGCGGCAUGACCCCACGGUUCGCUUUGCGGCGAUACGGAAUAUAAGUCUCUCAGGGAGUAAAAGAACGGCCUCUUCAACUGAAGUCCGCUCCGAAAGCAUCAACCUGUGCAACACAACGAAGAACUCGAAAGUCCCCAAAACAUGCCCGCAAAACUCGAAUCCGUCAUCGCCCCCUCCCGCGACGAAUCCGGCGUCCCAAAAUCGCUCCCCAAAACCCAACGAGUCGCCAUCGCCACCUCGCACGGCGCCGGCGUCGAGCUCAAAUCCGACCAUCCCGUGCCUACCCCCGGCCCCAACGACGUUCUCGUGCACAUCAUUCGCACAGGUGUCUGCCACACGGACCUGCACGCGCUCGAUGGGGACUGGGAGGUCAAAAGCAAACUGCCUGUGAUUGCGGGGCAUGAGGGUGCGGGUGUGGUUGUGAAGGUUGGGGAGAAUGUGGAUUUCUUGCAGGAGGGUGACCGUGUAGGGGUGAAGUGGUUGCAGAGCACGUGUGGGCAGUGUGAGUUUUGUUUGGAUGGGAAGGAGACGGUUUGUUCCAACCAGCAGCGUACGGGAUUCAGCUGCGAUGGAACGUUUCAGGAGUAUGCUGUUGCAAGCGCCGCCCACGUCAUUCCCAUUCCCGAAGGUUUGAGCAACGAUCAAGCAGCUCCCAUCCUCUGCGCUGGCGUGACAGUCUACAAAGGCUUGAAGGAGACAGAAGUGAAGCCUGGACAGUGGGUGGUGGUAUCUGGCGCGGGAGGAGGGUUGGGACAUCUGGCCGUUCAAUACGCUCGCGCCAUGGGAAUGCGGGUAAUCGCCAUCGACCACCCCUCCAAAGAAUCCUUCUGCUCCAAACUCAAAGCCGAAGCAUUCGUCCCCUUCACCCUCAAACCCGACGAACUCACCCAAAAGAUCAAAUCCAUCACCAACGGCGGUGCCCACGGUGCCCUCCUCGCCGUCGCCUCACCUGAGCCAUACGCCACUGCCCUCACCUACCUCCGCUCGUGGGGCACACUCGUCACGCUGGGUCUCCCGAAACGCGGGUCGCAGAUCCCUGUUGAUAUCUUUGACACGGUGAUGCGGCGGUUGACGGUGCGGGGAAGCAUUGUGGGGGAUAGGAAGGAUGCGCGGGAGGCGAUGGAGUUUGCGGCGAGGGGGGAUGUGAAGGUGGAGGUGGAGGUUGUGGGGUGGGAGAACUUGAAGGAGGUAUUGGGGAAGAUGAAGGAGGGAAAGUUGCAGGGCAGGGUGGUUUUGGAUACGAGCAAAUGAGAUGGGGUCGGGUCGGGUGCGUGUGGUUGUGAACAGUACUGCUUCCGCUUCAUCAGGCGGCAUAUGAUGAAGGAGGAAUCCAUGCAGUUAUAUCAUCUUUCACAUUAAGCUCUUAUAUUCGUGUGUUGCUAUCUUAGCUAGGGGCAUGACUACAACGGCCUCUGGGCACUUAU